AUGGUUAAUGUUUGGGCAAUGGGAAGAGAUCCAAAGUAUUGGGUUGACGCAGAAAGAUUUAUGCCCGAGAGAUUUCAGCAUAACACUGUGGAUUUGGUUGGUAACAAUUUUGAAUAUCUUCCCUUUGGUAGUGGAAGAAGGAUUUGCCCCGGGAUAUCAUUUGAUUUAGGUAAUGUUUAUUUGCUACUGGCCAAAUUAUUGUACCACUUUGAUUGGAAUCUCCCUACAGGAAUCAAUCCAAGUGAUUUGGACAUAGCUGAAGCAGCUGGAUUAGCUGUUAUUAGAAAGAGUGCUCUUCGUUUGAUUGCUACUCCUUUUACCCCUUCACCAGAGUAA